AAAACUCAACAUGGAAAGUUUAGAUGAAGCUUCAGCUGAAACUUUGCUUCGAGGAUUGCAUAAAAGUCAAGCAAAGAUUAAAAGAUUAAAGAUCGAAGAUGUGCGAAUGACAGAUUCAACGACACAAGCCCUUCUCCCACAUCUUGAUGUGAUGGAUAAGCUUGGUUUGAAAUCUUGGUCCAAUGACAUGAACCUGAACCCCUACAUGGAAGAUAUAUCCAGGAAAAUAAUGGAUCGGCAAAACAAAAUACAGCUUGAUAUAUCUGCACCACUGGAUGAGAAUGCUACACACUGGUUAGCCUGGUGUCUUUCUAAUGUGAGUGACUUAGAAAUAGAUGAGGAGGAACUUUCUGCACAAAAUCGUAUCAUCUUACAUGAAGCUGUUGAACGACUAACAAACCCACAAGAUUUAACAGUGAAUGACGUCAAUGGUGAUCGAUGGUCAAAGUAUUGGGUAUUGUAUGGAGAUCAUUUAGAUCAACCAGAUAAUGUAAUGCAAAUCUUACAACUUCCACUUGGAAAAAUUGAAAUAUUGAACAUCUGUGUUCGGAUGACAGAUUCAACGACACAAGCCCUUCUUCCUCAUCUUGAUGUGAUGGAUAAGCUUGGUUUGGUAUCUGUGUACAAUGACAUGAACCUGAACCCCUACAUAGAAGAUAUAUCCAGGAAAAUAAUGGAUCGGCAAAACAAAAUACAAAUAUGGAUGGAGGGUCCUGCAGUCAAACAUGUAAGACCAUUGUUCCAAUGUCUUGAUAAAAUAUCGAAACUAUAUCUUGGUAUGAAACAUCUUACAAGUGAAAACAAUCGUUUACUGGAAGAAGCAAUUCAACGAUUACAUUCUCCACAGGAUUUUGUCUUGGAGGAAAUAGUUGAUGUACAUACUGAUAAGGAUCAGUAUUUGGCUCAGUAUAAAGAAUUUUGGCAGUAAUGACUUGAUUUUUAAAUUCUUCCCGUAUUUCUAUAUUUCCCCAACACUAUAACACACGAAUUAUAUUUAAAGGAAAUGUUUAGAAAAUACUGAUGGAACAAAAUUUAAUUCAAACAAAAUCAUUAAAUUUUAGUUGCGUUUUCCAACAGUUCUUUCAAUUUCAUCCCUUCCAUAAAGUAACAAACUUCACUGUGCAGCAUAUUUGUUUAUACCAACAUAAGAUAUCAACGCACAUCUAUGAUAGAAAACCAUGAAACAUCAUGUGUGCAACAAAAUAUGUGUCUAAUUAUCAAUGUGCACAUGAACAUUCCAUUCACCCCUCUGCAUUCACUCUUGCAAAAUGUAUUCACCCAGUUAAGAAUACUGUUGUAUAUUAAGAUCAUAGUGACCACUGAGUUGUUCAUUAAGUUUUAAAACCGAUGAAAGAAAUGAUUUAUUUUUAUCUUCUCUCGAUUCAAUGUUUAACCAUCCAUUGUUUUAUUUGAUGAUGUCAUAAUCACUAUUAUCCCACAUGAUUAUGUAUCAACAAUCACAUUGUGAUGGAACAAAAAUGACUUUGAUUAAUUGCGCUCUCUCUCUUGUUGUUCUAUUGCCACGUUACUCAGUUUCCUUGUGUUGCUUUGCCAGUUAUAAUGUAGUUAAGUUAGUGCAUGCGUUUAGUUUGUCUUUAAUUACUUUUAAUUGUUUGUUUUCAUGUAGGACUAUCAAACUAUGUAAUUACGUAUAAGUUCGUUUUACCCUUAUAUAAUAUAUCAGCAACUAAUCGUUUCACUUACUUCUUCAAUUAUUUCGUUUUGUUUGUCUUUAUUUACUUUUAACCGUUUGUUUUCACGUAGGUUGCUGUCGAGCAAUAGUUACAUAAAAUGUUCCAAGCCUUAUUUCAUAUACUUCAAUUAUUUUGUUCAUGUUUUGAUAAAACUUUUAAUGAAUAUUGUGUUUGUAGCAUGUUAACCACUGAUAUCAUAUUCCCGUGCUUACCGUAUAAUAUUUCAUAUAAAUUCCCUUGUAUUUAGAUGUGUUUUGUAGCAGCUUACACCCAUAUUCCAAUAUAAAGUUGAUCAUUUCAUUUA